CCUGCGCGGCGCGGCGCUGCAGAGACCGUUGGUCAUUUGCAUGUCCCCGCCUCGCGCGGUGGUGGCGGCUGAGGAGCCUGAGGCGGCGGCGGGGGCGGCUCCGCGCGCGGUGGGCUCGGGCGAGGCCCCCGUUGUUUCUCCUUUCUGACAAUUGUGGUGUCGGGAGUGGGAUCCAGCUGCCAGCGCCGGCCCCCGGGAGCCCCCCGAGCCCCCCGAACCCCGUCCUCUUCGGGACCUUCGGUGAGGUCCGGGAAACAUGGCAGCCAGGCGGAUCACGCAGGAGAGUUUGGAUGCUGUGUUACAAGAAAAAGCCAAACGCUAUCACACAGACCCCAGCGGCGAGGCUGUAGGCGAAGCUCUCCAGUUUAAAGCUCAAGAUCUCUUAAGGACAGUCCCAAGAUCCAGAGCAGACAUGUACGAUGACGUGCACGGCGAUGCCAGGUUCUCCCUCGGCACUUCCAUCGCUCACGCUCGAGAAACCGGUAGAGGUGAUGUGUUCCCCGGGCCUUCCUUCAGGCCGAGCACCCCUUCUGUGAGUGAUGACCUCUACUUCCGCAAAGACUGUGGCCGGGACUUGGAAUUCCCCCAGGCCGACUCCCGGGACCAGGUCUUCGGCCACCAGAAGCUGGGACAUUUCCGUUCUCAGGACUGGAAGUUUGCACUCCGUGGCUCUUGGGAACAAAACUUUGGUCAGCCCAUUUCUCAAGAGUCCUCUUGGCCACAGGAGUUUAAUUUUGGUCCUUCUGCACUACUGGGGGACUUCGGCUCCUCCAGGCUCGUCGAUAAGGAGUGUCUGGGAAAGGAGAGUCCCAGCUAUGACGCGGGCACCCCGGGGGAGGCAGAGUCGGGGCACAGAGCUGGUGGCCAGGGGCAGGGCAGGGGCCGGGCUUCCAGCCUCGCCGACCAGGAGAGCAGCCUUCUUGGAAAGGGGGAGGCUCAGGGCGUGCUCAAGGUGAAAGGGGAUAUCGGGAAGCUGGUAACGCUGAGGAACGUGGGCACAAAGAAGCUGCCCCCGAUAAAUCGCAUUACACCCAAAACUCAGGGCACCACCCAGCUCCAGAAAGCCACCCCAGGUCCUGAGGUGACCCUGGGGACAAACCCAGGCACAGAAGAGAUCCAGUUCCCCGCUCAGAAGAUUCCUCUGGGGCUUGAUCUGAAGAACAUCCGGAUCCCCCGGAGAAAGAUGAGCUUUGAUCUCGUGGACAAGUCUGACGUCUUCUCAAGAUUUGGGAUAGAAAUAAUCAAAUGGGCAGGGUUCCACACCAUAAAAGAUGACGUCCGGUUUUCCCAACUCUUCCAGACUCUCUUUGAGCUCGAAACGGAAACCUGUGCUAAGAUGCUUGCCUCGUUCAAGUGCUCCUUGAAACCAGAGCACAGAGAUUUUUGCUUUUUUACUAUCAAAUUUUUGAAGCACUCUGCUUUGAAAACACCCAGGGUUGACAAUGAGUUUUUAAACAUGCUCUUAGACAAAGGUGCUGUGAAAACCAAAAACUGCUUCUUUGAGGUCAUCAAGCCCUUCGACAAGUACAUCAUGCGGCUUCAGGACCGGCUCCUUAAGAGCGUCACGCCCCUGCUCAUGGCCUGCAACGCCUACGAGCUCAGCAUCAAGAUGCAGACCCUCAGCAGCCCCCUGGACCUGGCGCUGGCCCUGGAGACCACCAGCUCCCUCUGCCGGAAGUCGCUGGCCCUGCUGGGGCAGACCUUCGCCCUGGCCUCGUCUUUCCGGCAAGAGAAGAUCCUGGAAGCCGUCGGCCUCCAAGAUAUAGCCCCCUCUCCUGCUUCGUUUCCAAACUUCGAGGACUCCACUUUGUUUGGAAGGGAGUACAUCGACCACCUGAAGGCCUGGCUCACCAGCAGCGGCUGCCCCCUGCAGGUUAAGAGGGCCGGCCCGGAGCCCACACGCCAGGAGCCCGUGCCCACCGCCAAGCCCGAAGCCCCGGCCCAGGCUCCCGGAGGGCCCAGCGGUGUACCCCAGCGAGCAGACCACAGGGUGGUGGAGACCCUCGACAAGCUGGCGAAGCGUGUGGCCGAGGGCGGCCUGGCCCCCAAGGAGAGGGCGCUGCUCCAGGAGGACCCUGCUUACUGGUUCCUGUCCGACGAAGACAGCCUGGAGUACAAAUACUACAAGCUGAAGUUGGCGGAGACGCAACAGAGGAGGCAGGCCCUGGCCGGGGACGAGCAUGAGCAGCCGCCGACCUCGGCCGAGUGCGCAGUCAGGGCCAUGCUGUACGCACGCAGGGUGCGCAGCCUCAAGAAGAGGCUCCUGCCGUGUCGGCGCCGCGGGCUGCUCCCCGGCCAGGGCCUCCGGGGCUGGAAGGCGAGGAGGGCCACCACCGGGACCCAGACCCUGCUCUCCUCGGGCAGCAGGCUGAGGCCGCACGGCCGCCAGGCACCAGGCCCCGCACCGGGCAAGCCCACCAGGCCGGGGCAGGAGUGCCCGCCACCCCCCGCCACGCCCCCUCCUCGCGACCCCAGCCCAGAAACUGCAGGCCCUUGCCCGCAGCUAGCAGGAAGGGACGGCUCCAAAGCUCCUCAGACCUCCUCUCCCUGCCCACCUGCCGACGUUGACGCGAAGACCAUGGAGACGGCCGAGAAGUUGGCCCGGUUUGUUGCUCAGGUGGGACCAGAAAUCGAGCAGUUCAGCAUCGAGAACAGCACCGACAACCCCGACCUGUGGUUUCUACACGACCAGAACAGUUCUGCGUUCAAGUUCUAUCGAAAGAAGGUGUUUGAGCUGUGCCCGUCGAUUUGCUUUCCAUCCUCCCCGCCCGCCCUCCGUACCAGCGAGAGCGCCGAUCCUCGGGGGAGCCCUGUGCGCCCCGCAGAAGGGGAUGGCGGGCGUGCAGGGGGGCGCCCGCAGCAGGAGGCCGAGCCGGAGAGCCCGGAGGUGCUGCCUGAGGAGGAGGAGGAGGAGGAGGAGGAUGAAGAAGAGGAGGGGGUUGCCCAGCCAGCAGGAGUGGCCAGCAGGGCCGAGCCCCCUGAGGGCAGCCCCCCGAGCGAGGCUGCAGAAGAGGACCCGGCGGGCACACCUGCCCUCGCCCAGGCCGCCUCAGGGGGCUGCUUCCCCCGCAAGAGGGUGAGCAGCAAGUCCCUGAAGGUCGGCCUGAUCCCGGCCCCCAAAAGGGUGUGCCUCAUCCAGGAGCCCGAAGUUCACGAACCGGUUCGCAUCGCCUACGACAGGCCCCGGGGUCAUCCCGUGUCCAAAAAGAAGAAACCCAAGGACUUUGAGUUCGCACAGCAGAAGCUGACGGACAGAAACCUGGGCUUCCAGAUGCUGCAGAAGAUGGGCUGGCAGGAGGGCCGCGGCCUGGGCUCCUGCGGGGAGGGCAUCAGGGAGCCCGUCAGCGUCGGAACCGCCUCGGAAGGGGAAGGGCUGGGAGCCGACGGGAAGGAGCCUAAAGAAGACACCUUUGACGUUUUCCGCCAGCGGAUGAUGCAGAUGUACAGGCAUAAACGGGCAAACAAGUAGGUUGGCCUGAAGGAACGAGGCUCCUGCCAGCCAAGCACAGCCGCAGCAGCCCCCGCGCCCGGGCCCACGGCCGGCCUCCCCGAGGGCUCGGCCUCCAACACGCACAGCCCACGUGGCGACAAGCCACUUCCGGCUUUUCUCUUGCUCAAGCUCGAGUUUUCCCUCACAGAUGACAGACUUUUCUCUAGUCAGGAGCGGACUGGGAUUCCAGAAGUUUCUGGGCAAACAUGGAGCCUGCACCACAGUCUGGGCAGCUUUGCAGGGGCUGGGCCCACGAGAACUCCCUCUUCCCUCUUCUCUGCCAGUCCACUCACCCCAACUCGGUUUUGAACAAAGCAAUUCUCUUCCUGGACAGAUGAAAAAUGAAUGCAGAUGAGAAACGUCUGCCUGAAGGAUCGUUCAGGCUGCGCCUGGCCCGGGUCUCGCCCAGAGGUCAGGAGGAGGCCCCGCUAGGGCGCCCGAGCCGAGGCUCCCCGCCACUCUCCCUGGAGAGCACAGAAAGCACCAUUUCAAAGUGUUAAACACGCAUCUGCUUUUGCUUUUCCCAGCGCUUUUAGCAGCAAGCCACAGCCAGGCCCCCCGGGUUUCCCUUCCUAUGCGGCCGUGGAGGCCGACUCGGCCUGUCCCUCUUCAACUGGGGGCACGCUGCUCCCCGGGAGCACUGUCGGCACAUGGGACGCAGCUGCCCUUGCAGCCCGACUUCUCACUGCUCUCCAGCAUCUGAGUGGGGCUGUCGGCGGCGCUGGCAGAGCCUGUGCUCCGACCCACGGCCUCACAGGAGCCCGAUGCGCCUUGGCCAGGGGAAACCCUUGACCUGAUGACUUAUUUAUGGGGUCUCGCACAUAACGCGUCCCAGGCAACUGGAGGCGUCUUGGCAACCGCAGGAGGUAGCUGUACUCCGUGGGGGCUCUCUGGUAAAUAGCUUCAGCGUUUCCCAGACCUGCACGACUCUCAGGAUCCACAGCAAGAGCAAAUAUGGUUAGAGGUUUAAAGCCACAUGCGGAGGCCCCUCUGCCUGGAGACCCUUCGUGUCCCCCUGGGGCAGCCCCGGCAGCUGUCUGUGCUCUCAGCACUGGCCACCUCCAUCGGGUCCCGUCUGCCGCUGUGGGAUUCAUCCUCCUUCUGAAGCACUUGCCUUGCACUCUUAAGUAAGCGCUGAGCUCUGAGAACUUGGGGCCUUGUGGACUCUCUGGGGCUGGAGGACGCCAAGCAAUGGUGCUGUCAACUGACCUGCCCUCCGAGUGUCCCCCGAGACCGACGGCCCGUGCCAUGAAGCCUGGGGCUCAGCUGGCUCCUGGCUGCUUGUGCUGCACAGCCGGCAGCCUUCCUACCAUGGUCUACAGAUGCCGGGGGUCAGCGUGGGGAGGGGCUGCGCACACUCGGGGGUCCCGCCACAUGACCUGUUUGCAGACAAAACUGUUUCACAAUUCCCGGCUGCCUCGGCCCCUGUGCCCACACCCCAGGGUGACCAGCUUUGUGCCAAGACAGCCUGUGACCCUCCAGCCUGGGGUCUGGGACCUCUGGUGACGCAGGUCGCUGUGGAGUCAGAGCCAGAGCUGUAACCACGGCGGGGGGGCGGUGACCUCAGGGUGCCCCCUCCCUGCGCCGCCGGCUGCCCGAGUGAGCUGCGAGCAGCCACCCGCCUUCACCGCAGUCCCCAUGUCUCUCUCUC